AUGGCCGGUAGCAAUGGCUCCCAAGGCCCCGUGGUCGUGGGUAUCGCUGUGGCGUUUGCCGUCGUGACAUUUAUUGUCAUAGCGCUUCGUCUGUUUUCACGCCUUUAUGUCCUGCGCAAGAUGGGCGUCGACGACUAUCUUAUCAUCGCCGCCUGUUUAUUGUCGUGGGCCUUCAUUGCCGUCACCAUUGUCGCCGUUCAAAAUGGACUGGGAAAACACGCCGCGGAUAUCGACGAGACCAAGCUCGUGACCUACUCAUUUGUUGUCUGGCUGAGCUCCAUGUUUUAUCUUGCCUGUCUGGGAUUCAUCAAGACUUCUGUCCUCUCUUUCUACACUCGGCUUGGAGACCGUUACCUCACUCGUCUCUCUUGGGUCAUGAUGGCAGUUGUCGGCGCGCAAGCCACUUCCUUCGUCCUCGUUGCAGCAUUCCAGUGCCAGACAAUUAGCAAAGCCUGGACCCAAACCGGACCCGGAAAAUGCGUCGACAUCAACCUCUUCUAUCUCUGCAACGCCGCUCUCAACAUCGUCACCGACGUCCUGACAUACACCCUACCAAUCAAGGUCAUCUUCAACCUGCAGGUUCCCCAAAAACAGAAAUUCGUUCUCGGCGUCAUUCUGUGCCUUGGUCUCUUUGCAUGCGUCUCUUCAAUUAUCCGAAUCACUUUUAUCCCCGCCAUGCUCUAUGGGGAUGACCCUACUUAUGACAUCGCUGGUGCUAUGUACUGGUCUGUGAUCGAGACCAAUAUCGGAAUCUUUGCCGCAUCGAUUCCAUCCUUCAAGGCAAUCGCAUCCCGCUUCUUGCCCCGUUUCAUUGGCGAGUACAGCAGUGGGAAGAAGUCCGGACCCUGGACAAGCGAAAACACCCACAGGCGAUACGGAACUGGCUUCAACAAAGUUACCGACCCUAACAACAUCACCCUUGCCACAAUUAAUGGCAAGGAAGAUAUGACCAUGGGUACCAACAUUGGUGCGGCCAGCAACUCCAGCGAAGAGAGGAUCAUCCCUGACGGGAAGAUCUUCACUCAAACGGAGAUUGAAACCACCGUUGAAACGAACAAUGAUUACGAGGGCUACAACUCAUCGUUCGAGCGGGCUCGUCGUUGA